AUAUACGGUUCUUAAUAUGUUGACAAAGGAAGUCAAUCCCUAUCCUAUCCAGGCCAUUCAAAAAAUUACUUCUGGUGAUUGGCUCAAACGCGCGUCACUUUUACACAGUCCCCACCCACUUAUACGUCAGUCAGACAACAAUGGCGGCCUUCGCUGUAGCACGGAGCCGCUGCGUUCUGCUUUCCGGACUAAAAGCUUAUUUUAAAACAUUUGGACAGGUAAAACAUGGCGUGGCUUCGGCAGCCGUUGCACAGUCCGAGCUGCAGCAACAGUCGCGGCGGUGGUAUUCGGUUAGUCAUCUCUCCGUUCAGGAGAGGAUAGACAGAAAGAGGAAUGCUGCGCUGAUCGGAGGAGGUCAGAAGAGAAUUGACGCGCAACACAAAAGGGGGAAGCUGACAGCCAGAGAGAGAGUUGAGCUCCUGUUGGAUAAAGACUCGUUUGUAGAGUGUGACAUGUUUGUGGAACAUCGCUGCUCUGACUUCGGCAUGGAAGAGGACCACAACAAGUUCGCAGGGGACAGUGUGGUGACUGGACAGGGGAGGAUCAACGGAAGGCUGGUGUAUGUCUUCAGUCAGGACUUCACAGUAUUUGGAGGCAGUCUGUCUGGGGCUCACGCACAGAAGAUCUGUAAGAUCAUGGACCAGGCCAUGAUGGUGGGUGCUCCAGUCAUUGGUCUAAACGACUCUGGCGGAGCCAGGAUACAGGAAGGGGUGGAGUCACUGGCUGGAUACGCUGACAUCUUCCUGAGGAAUGUGAUGGCUUCAGGUGUGGUUCCUCAGAUCUCUCUGAUCAUGGGUCCCUGUGCUGGAGGAGCUGUCUACUCUCCUGCCCUGACCGACUUCACCUUUAUGGUCAAGGACACCUCAUACCUGUUCAUCACAGGUCCUGACGUAGUGAAGUCUGUCACCAAUGAAGACGUCACUCAGGAGGAACUGGGAGGAGCUAAAACACACACCGCCGUGUCAGGCGUCGCUCACCGUGCGUUUGAGAACGACAUCGAUGCUCUGCUCAACCUCCGCAACUUCUUCAACUUCCUUCCCCUUAGCAACCAGGACCCCGCCCCCGUUACUGAGUGCCACGACCCCAGUGAUAGACUGGUUCCUGGUCUGGACACCAUUGUUCCCUUUGAGACCACUAAAGCCUACGACAUGCUGGACAUCAUCCAGGGGAUUGCGGACGAGAGGGAGUUCUUUGAGAUCAUGCCUAACUACGCUAAAAACAUCGUAGUGGGAUUCGCUCGCAUGAACGGACGAACUGUUGGAAUUGUAGGGAAUCAACCUAAAGUAGCGUCUGGUUGUCUGGACAUUAACUCAUCAGUGAAGGGAGCUCGCUUCGUUCGUUUCUGUGACGCUUUCAACAUCCCCAUCCUCACCUUCGUGGACGUGCCUGGUUUCCUGCCAGGUACGUCUCAGGAGUAUGGCGGUAUCAUCCGACACGGGGCCAAGCUACUGUUUGCCUUUGCUGAGGCCACCGUCCCCAAGAUCACCAUCAUCACUAGGAAGGCCUACGGAGGAGCGUAUGACGUCAUGAGUUCCAAGCACCUGAGAGGAGAUGUGAACUACGCCUGGCCGUCUGCAGAGGUGGCCGUGAUGGGAGCCAAGGGUGCUGUACAGAUCAUCUUCAGAGGGAAAUCCAACCAGGCAGAGCAGGAGGCUGAAUACGUAGAGAAGUUCGCCAACCCUUUCCCUGCUGCUGUCAGAGGGUUCGUGGAUGACAUCAUCGUGCCGUCGACCACCCGGAAGAGGAUCUGUAGGGAUCUGGAGGUUCUGGCCUCCAAGAAACAGACCAACCCCUGGAAGAAACACGCCAACAUCCCACUCUAACAGACACCUUCAACCACCCGACCGGUCUGUCUCUAAUUUCACCUGUAGCUUAGAGCAGGGCACUCCAACCCUGUUCCUGGAGAGAUACCUUCCUGUAGGUUAACUCCAACCCUGUUCCUGGAGAGAUACCUUCCUGUAGGUUUUCACUCCAACCCUGUUCCUGGAGAGAUACCUUCCUGUAGGUUUUCACUCCAACCCUGUUCCUGGAGAGAUACCUUCCUGUAGGUUAUAAUUCCAACCCUGUUCCUGGAGAGAUACCUUCCUGUAGGUUUUCACUCCAACCCUGUUCCUGGAGAGAUACCUUCCUGUAGGUUUUCACUCCAACCCUGUUCCUGGAGAUACCUUCCUGUAGGUUUUCACUCCAACCCUAAUCUAACGCACUUGAUUCUAACAAUUUGUUGGUUGAUAAGCUGAAUCAGGUCCGUUACAGGAAAAACCAACAGGAAGGUGUCUCUCCUGGAACAGGGUUGGAGAGCCCUGGAUUAGAUCCACGUAUCUGUCCCUAACCCUGUGGGACUUGUUAGGAAGAAUCAGCAUUUUUCUGUCUGGUUAAAUUAACAUACCUGCCGUGAAUCCAAAGACUGGUUUGUUAAAUAUAAUCAUUGAAAUUGUAAAGAUGUCUGUCUUUGUCCGUGUGUGAGACUUUAUAUCCCAAUGAGUUUGAACGUGUGUGUUAUGUAAUUGCUAAAAUAUACUUAAGUAUCAAAAGUAUAACUUUCAAGUUCCUUAUAUUAAGCAAACUAAACAGCACCCAUUUUGUUACUAUAUAGGGAGAGCCAGAGGCACACCAACUGAUCUUCCAGAUCAGAGGCAGUAGGGAUGUUCUCUUGUUAAGUUUAAGAAUUGGACCAUUGGAAAUGUAAUGAGUACUUUGGGUGUCAGGGAAAAUGUGUGGAGUAAAGUACAGAUACUCUGUU